CAAAUUUUCAUCUGAGUCACAUGCUGUAUUGUCACUUGAGAGCCACUUUUAGGAAGAAUAAAGGCUGAGGUUUAAGAGAUCAUGGAAUCGCUUGAAGGCCCGAGAGUCAACAAGGAUAUUCAUGUUGAGAAUGCGACCCUCGGUCAGGAGGACGGGGAGCAUCGAGCAGGCUGGGUGAGAGUGAGGGUGGAAGAGAGCUGGUUCACUGUGGAACGCGCCUUGCUGGCGAGGUGCAGCGACUACUUCUGUGCCCUCUUUCAGUCUGGAAUGAGAGAAAGUCACCACGAUGAACUCCACCUGAAGGGAGGAGUGCAUGCAAGGGGGUUUCUCAUUGCCCUUUUGGUCUGCAGGGGAGAGAUUCCCACCAUCAAUGACCCGGAUGAGCUCACAGAAGCGGUGGAGUGCGCUGCGUUCCUGCAGGUUGGGUGCUUGGUGCAGCAUCUUUGUGACAUUAUUGAUUCAGACAACUGCCUCCUGCUUUACUACGUUGCCUCCAUCUUCGGGGUGCAUACACUGCUCCAUAGCGCAGCUCUUUUCCUGUGUGAUGCUUUUGAUGAUUUAAAGGAAGUUGCAGAGAAUUCAGUUCCUGAAGAGCUUCUUCACUAUUCACAGUCAUUUUCUCCUUCUGCUUAUAUUGCUAUAGGCACCCACUCUCCUUCCAUGGAGCUUCUGCACGACUCCUUCAGAGUUGUCUGCUAUCUUGAUGAAAAAGAGGGCGAGUGGAAGCAUUUAACUAACCUCCCAACUCUCUGUAGCACCUCCAUGGCUGGUGUGGCAGUGCUUGACAAUCGCUUGUAUAUCGUAGGGGGAGUUUACGGUUACGGUAAGGACACAGUGGACAGCAGCUUUUGCUACAAUCCGGACUCGGGGGUCUGGACUGCUCUUCCUGGACCCCAGCAACCAAGAUAUGACUUCACCCUGCUGGGACAUGAGGGCCGACUCUAUGCCAUUGGCGGCGAAUUCCAAAAACGGAUAAUUUCUACAGCUGAGAGUUACGACACUGAGAAGGGAGAGUGGACGAUAAUACAACAGGCACCAAGACCUGUGGCUUCUGCGGCCUGUGCUGUUGCAAGACGGAGAAUGUUUGUUUGCUUCUGGAAACCACCAGACACCACAGAUAUCUAUGAAUAUGUUCCACUGAAAGAUGAAUGGAAACUUGCCACCACAAUGAUCAGACACCAAAGCUAUGGCCACUGUAUGGUGGCACACAGGGACAAUUUGUACGUGAUGCGCAAUGGGCCUAGUGAUGACUUCCUGCGCUGCCUAAUGGACUGCUACAAUAUCACUACAGGCCAGUGGACAGCCUUGACCGGACAGUACAUCAACAGCAAGGGGGCGCUGUUCACUGCAAUGAUAAGGGGGGACUCUGUGUUCACAGUCAAACACAUGCUAACUCUCCAAUACGCCAUCACUGGAGAUGGAUGGAAGCCCUGCAGGCAGAUGAAGGGAUUUCCAAAGAGCGGUUCACUGUGGACGUGUUUACUCAGACUUCCCAAGACGGGACCAGUUAUACCACAGCUGGAUUCAGACGGGAAGGAAGAAGAAAUGUCUUUGCCAGACACGUCUGAGGAGUUUGUGGAAGCUACGCCGCAACUGUGA